GGCGACCAUCAGCGCUUGACUUCUUCUCUCCUUCUUCUUGUUGUGUGUUUAUUGUGUGCGGCGGCAGCACUAACCUGCAGCAAGGGAGCAAGAUGGACAGUGAGUGCAGCAGGAGGUGGAAGGCCAGGCUUGCCCUGAGGCGAGACAUCUUCAAGGAGUUUCUGGCGGAGUUUGUGGGGAUAUUUGUCCUGAUACUCUUUGGAUGCGGUUCAGUGGCCCAGGCCGUCCUCAGUAAGGGGGCGUUGGGGGAGCCCCUGUCCAUCCACCUUGGCUUCACUCUGGGACUCAUGAUGGCCGCCUACAUUGCAGGAGGGGUGUCAGGUGCACAUGUUAACCCGGCAGUCUCUCUUGCCAUGGUGUUGCUCGGCAAGAUGUCCUGGAAGAAGUUUCCUGUGUACGUGGCCGCACAGUUUUUGGGAGCCUUUGUUGGAGCCUGUUGUGUCUAUUUUUUAAAUUAUGAUGCUUUAAUGGACUACAGUAAGGGAGAAUUUCUCGUUACUGGAGACAACGCCACAGCUGGCAUAUUUGCAUCUUACCCUGCUAAACAUCUCUCCAUCCUCAAUGGAUUUAUGGACCAGGUGGUGGGGGCUGCUGCGUUAAUUCUCUGCAUCCUCGCCAUCACCGACUCCAAGAACAUAGGCGCCCCCAAAGGCAUGGAGCCCCUCUGCAUCGGCCUGGUCAUCAUGGCCAUCGCCGUGUCCAUGGGCUUGAACUGUGGCUAUCCCAUCAACCCAGCCAGAGACUUAAGCCCACGACUUUUCACUGCGGUGGCUGGAUGGGGCGGGGACGUGUUCAGGGCUGGGGGAUGCUGGUGGUGGAUCCCUGUGUUUGGGCCCAUGGUGGGCGGCGUGGUGGGAGCUGCUAUUUAUUUUUUCUUCAUUGAGUUGCACCACACAGACGUCCCGGAACAGGAGGAAAACAACGUCCAGCAAAAGUAUGACAUUGUAACUUUAACUUAAAUGGACCAUAUAUGCUCACUUCAACUUCACACCUCAUAUAAAGCAGAAAAAGCAUGUCGCUUCUCCCAGCCAAUUCACAAAGACAAGCACUUAUGAUAAUGUAAAAGUUUACUAACAUAUAUAUAUAUAUAUAUAUACAUACUGUAUUUUUACCAAAUUUUAAUGCACUAUUGAUUUUCUGCGGUUAUUCCAAUGAUUGAUUGGUUUAUCAACAGUUAUAAUGAAAUGUAGAAAAUCGACCUUCAAUGCAUUCACAAUGGGAAUUCUUUAUUUUAAAAAUCCCAUAAAAUGUGGUAAAUUUAUAUAUUUUUUUAAGUUUCUGAAGAUUUUUGUUGUUAUUGAAGUAGAUUGACGUUACAGCUAUAUGUUGGCACUAUAAAAUUGAAUACAGUACAUUCGGCUGGUGUUGUAGUCAAAAUUUAGUAAGAGCAAAAAUUGUAUUAAAUCAUGUAAUACAGGUAUAUUAUGUAACAAUGUAACACAUUUCCACCACAUUGUGUAACAACACCGCAUUUUUUCAUAAAAUUCUUAAAUGCAUUCUCUUUUAAACGUUGACCCAUUUUGUAUAACUUAUUUGAUAUUGCAAAAGUUAUUACAAAAUGCAGGCGUUGUACCUUUUUUGAAUGAAAGGUAACGCCCUAAACUGUCAGAGCAACACAAAAUAUUUCAUCUUCAUUAGAAUUAAUUUGAAGAAUCUACACUGGUACAAUGUUUUACUGGUCAAACCAAAAUCAAAUGUAACUUUAUUGAUAUUAAUGAGGAAUGUAAUUGCAAGCCAGAGACAAUUGUAACACUAAUGAAGUAUUACAGACAUGAAAAUGAGAUGUGCACAAAAAUGUUGGAAGACUGACACUCAUGCAAUAUAGAUUAUGUUAUGAUAAUACUAUACUAUGCAUCAGGGGUUCUCAACCUUUUUGACCUCGGGCUCAAACUUUUCUACUACUGAGGGGCCCAAUCAAAUAUUAACAAUGCAUUAGUAAUCUUACCGGUACUCUUGAUUUUAAUUGUAUUCAUUAAUGCGGACGCUGUAUAGAUCCGUUGUGGUGAAGAAUAGCUGAGCCGGAAGGCAAAGCUCUCAAUUUACCGGUCGAUCUCCAUUCCCAUCUUCACCUAUGGUCAUGAGCUUUGGUUUACGACCGAAAGGACGAGAUCACGAGUACAACUGGCCGAAAUGAGUUUCCUCCGCCAGGUGACGGGGCUCUCCCUCAGAGAUAGGGUGAGAAGCUUUGCCAUCUGGGAGGAGCUCAAAGUAAAGCCGCUGCUCCUCCACAUCGAGAGGAGCCAGAUGAGGUGGUUUGGGCAUCUGGUCAGGAUGCCACCCGAACGCCUCCAUAGGGAGGUGUUGUGGGCACGUCUGACCGGUAGGAGGCCAUGGGGAAGACCCAGGACACGGGAAGACUAUGUCUCCCGGCUGGCCUAGGAACACCUUCGUCCAGCUCUUCCCAGGGAAGAGCUGGACGAAGUGGCUGGGGAGAGGAGAGUCUGGGCUUCCCUGCUUAGGCUACUGCCCCCGCGACCUGACUUCGGAUUAGCGGAAGAAGAUGGAUGGAUAUUUAACUUACUUACAGUUUACAACCAUGUCAAAGGAUAUAAAAGCAUGUGUUAAUCACAAAGUUGAUUAUUUAUUUAAGACAUAAACCUUAGGGUUAUGUCAGACAUAUUAAAAAAAAUAAGUACUAACCAAAUAUACUGCAUAAGAAGGAACGCAGUCAUACCGUUAAUAACUACCAAAAAAAAUGUACAAAUAAUUAUGCUGUGCUAAAAUACAUAAACUAAAUGAAUAAUACAUUUUUCCUGACUAAACUCUCAAAAAAUGAAAAUGCAAAUGAAAAUAGAGCUUCUCCACUUUAGUCAUAAUUAUUGCGCUUGAGAAACUUCUCUGUGGCUUUAGUUCCUGACUUCUUCUGUUUGUUUUAUAUUGUCACUACUGCCACAAGUGGCAGAAAAGUGUAUUACAACUGAGUACCACUGCGGACCUAAGGAACAGAUCAUUUUUGACAGCCCUCGAGCCGUUAAACACUGCGAAGCACGAAAAUAAAAGUAAAACACUAACACAGAAAUACAGAUCUAUAAGUAUUAUGUAUUCCAUUAAUGACCAAUUGCAUGUUGCUGUGCUUCCAAAAUGUUGUGAUAGAAAUCUAAAUAUUUCAUGCAUUGUGCAUGGAAUCAAAUUCAAUGGUUUGAUGAAAUGCACCAAAUUGUUACCUUUUAUUGGUUUUAAAAGGGCAACACCCUCAUUCUGUAAUAACUUUUACAAUAUAUAACAAGUUAUUACAAAAUGUGUCGAAGUUUAUCACAAAUGCGUUGAAGAACUUUAUUAUACAAAAUGUGGCGUUAUUACAUAAUGAGGUGAAAAUGUAUUGCAUUAUUACACAAUGCGUUUUUACAAGGCUGGAUUUUAGUUAUACACCUUACAUUGUAUUUUAGGAAUCACAACUUUAUAUAUCUGCCAAGUUCAUUGUACAGUAUUAUGACUGCUGUAGCGAGCAUGAGAUAUACCACUUAAAUAUCUAGUAGUUGUGGUCGUCUGUUGUUGUAGGAAUGAGGUUUUUUCAUGUGUUCCAUCGGUUAAAACUAGUUGGAGUUUUGAUUUUGUUGGAAAAACUCCAGCCUUAAAGUAUACAUAUAUGUAUAUAUAUCAUUUUUUUUUUUUUUUUGUACCUGUCCUGUUCACCCAUGUGGGCAAAUAAUAUUGUUGCCUGCGUCUGCAGCACAUAUUUACUGUACAAAAAAAGAGAAGUGUGGGAUACUUCUCCUGUUGCAUUAUUUGUGUUUAACUUCAUUAAAUGUUUGGACAUAUUUAGUAAUUUGCGCAACCAAACCAGAUCACCAGGGGAUAGAAAAAAAAAGAAGGGAAUUGUGGUGACAAAGCAGAGAAAGACAACAACAGCACUCAGCAAAUACAGUAAAUAUGAAUAACACAUUGAUAUUAUAAAAAAUAAUAUUGCAGUACUGACAGUUAUUAUUACCACACUAUAAGUAUGUUAAUAUUAAUACAGUCGUCCCGUCUAUAUCACUGUUAAUUGGUUCUGGGCAUGACCGCGAUAAACACAUUUCCGCAAAGUAGUUAUCAAUCAUCGAAUAUGUUCAUAAUUAGGGCAUAACAAACUGUUUACAACCUUCUAAAUAUGAUUAAUAUUAUGAGAACACUCUAGACAUUAAAUCAAAUCCUUUAGUCACCUUUACACUUUUUUAAUCCAAUACAGUAAUACUUCCAGGGUCGGAGCCAAUCAGUGGCCACGAUACUGAACAGCGUGCUCUGAUUGGAUUGGUGUCCUCUGGUGGCCACUACUAUUGCAGUUAUGAUAUUUUGACUUCAUUUACACAUUAUAUUAUAAAACAGUGGUUCGCAACCUUUUUUCAGUGAUGUACCCCCUGUGAACAUUUUUUUAAAUCAAGUACCCUCUAGUCAGAGCAAAGCAUUUUUGGUUGAAAAAAGAGAUAAAGAAGUACAAUACAGCACUAUGUCACCGUAGAAAAUGGAUGGAUGGAAAUCGUAUUACAGUGCAAAAUAUUGCCUAUUUCUAGUGGUCUUUCUUGAAGUAUUUGAAAAAAAAAGAUAUUAAAGUAACUAAAAACUUGUUGAAAAAUAAACAAGUGAUUUAAUUACAAAUAAAGAUUUCUACACAUAAAGUAAUCAUCAACUUAAAUUGCCCUCUUUGGGGAUUGUAAUAGAGAUCUAUCUGGAUUCAUGAACUUAAUUCUAAACAUUUCUUUACAAAAAAAGAAAUCUGUAACAUCAAUAUUUAUGGAACAUGUCCACAAAAAAUCUAUCUGUCAACACUGUAUUUCUUUUCACAGUUUAUGAACUUACAUUCAUAUUUUGUUGAAGUAUUAUUCAAUAAAUGUAUUUAUAAAGGAUUUUUGAAUUCUUGCUAUUUUUAGAAUAUUUAAAAAAAAUCUUACGUACCCCUUGGCAUACCGUCAAAUACCCCCAGGGGUACGCGUACCCCCAUUUGAGAACCACUCUUAUACAAACAUCUUUUCCAUAUGAGUUGGGAAAUUGUGUUGGAUGUAAAUAU